GGUAUUGGUCCUCCUCUCGACAUCAUUAUCAUCACAAUAAACCCAGUGAGCUUCCUUAAAUAUGCCAUACACCUAAGUCUACCGCAGUGUCCAUUCCAAGGCCGGCUCAACUCAACCCCAUUUCGAUCCUCUGCCCUCGCUCAUUACCCAAAUGCUCGCCCCAGUUUUUGCUGCUCCCAUUUGGUAGAUACGUCUCUCCAAUUUUCUCAUCUCUGUUUCUCUAAAACUCAGGUCUUCGAAGAUAGAUUUGUGGUAGAAUAUACACUUUUGGGCCUUUAAUUUUGCUACAUUUAUUAUCUUCCCUAUUGGAUGGCGACCUAUAGUUCAGCCUAUGUUACCCUUUCGGAUGCUCGAAACCCAGCAGGGGUACUUACUGUACUUAGAGGGAGAGUUCAAGCAGAGAACAACUUUGGAAGAAGUUUCAGUGGGAAAAUGUCAGACGAGAAGAAUGGAUAUUUGGGUGUAAGCCAAAAAUCACAUUUUCCGCAAAUCAAGUGUUCUUCCAAGUCUCACAGUGUUAGUUCAUAUCAGAGUAAAGACCCUUUUCUGAAUCUACACCCUGAAAUUUCGAUGCUUAGGGAGGGUAACAACACUGCCAACAAUCCAAGAAAAGAUAGUUCAAGUGGAAGUGUUACUGAGAACUUAGCAGACACAACAAGUUCGAGUAGUUACAAUGAAGCAAAGAUAAAGGUUAUUGGUGUUGGUGGUGGUGGGUCAAAUGCUGUAAAUCGUAUGAUAGAGAGUGCAAUGAAGGGUGUAGAGUUCUGGAUUGUUAACACAGAUAUUCAAGCAAUGAGAAUGUCUCCGGUUUAUCCUGAGAACCGUCUACAGAUUGGUCAGGAGCUUACCAGGGGUCUUGGUGCUGGUGGAAACCCGGAGAUAGGCAUGAAUGCUGCCAAAGAAAGCAAAACAUCAAUAGAGGAAGCACUUCUUGGAUCAGACAUGGUCUUUGUUACGGCUGGAAUGGGUGGAGGUACUGGCACCGGUGGUGCUCCUGUAAUUGCUGGGGUUGCAAAGUCAAUGGGAAUAUUGACUGUGGGUAUUGUCACAACUCCUUUUUCUUUUGAGGGGCGGAGGAGGGCAGUUCAAGCACAAGAAGGAAUUGCUGCUUUAAGAGAGAAUGUUGAUACACUGAUAGUCAUUCCUAAUGACAAGUUGUUGACAGCAGUUUCUCAGUCUACCCCAGUAACGGAAGCAUUUAACCUGGCAGAUGAUAUUCUUCGACAAGGUGUUCGCGGUAUCUCUGAUAUAAUCACGAUACCUGGGCUAGUAAAUGUGGAUUUUGCUGAUGUGCGGGCUAUAAUGGCUAGUGCUGGCUCUUCAUUGAUGGGAAUAGGAACUGCAACAGGGAAGACUAGGGCAAGAGAUGCUGCAUUAAAUGCCAUUCAAUCUCCUUUACUAGACAUUGGGAUUGAGAGGGCAACUGGAAUUGUGUGGAACAUAACCGGUGGAAGUGAUUUGACCCUAUUUGAGGUGAAUGCUGCAGCAGAGGUUAUAUAUGACCUUGUGGAUCCAACUGCAAAUUUGAUAUUUGGAGCUGUCAUAGAUCCAUCAAUCAGUGGUCAAGUUAGCAUAACUCUUAUUGCAACUGGAUUCAAACGCCAAGAAGAAAGUGAAGGAAGGCCAGUCCAGGCACAAGGAGACAUGAGCCUUGGAAUCAAUCGGCGGCCAUCAACUUAUACCGAUGGUAGUGCAGUGGAAAUCCCUGAUUUCUUGAAGAAGAAAGGGCGCUCACGUUUUCCAAGAGCUUGAUGUGCGUUUGCUUUCUCUCAAUAAUACAUAUUUCCCGAUCUAAUCCAAUUCGUUCUUUGAAUUUAGCAUCCCUUCUUAGGAUUUUAAUAUACUCCUUGCUAGGUAUUUAGAUACGUGUCGUGCCUUCUGUUAGUGGUUUGCCCUGAUAUAGCAUAUAUACUGGUAUUGAGUAGCUGGUAAUAAUAUGUUCUAGGUUUGUUUGUGUGCCUAAGAACCAUGCUCAAGUGCUCGGAGCUUGUUCCUUUUUUUCCUAUCAAAUUUGAAUACACUGGCUUGUACAGAAUUUUCCAUUAAGAGAGUUAUGUAGAGCCACCAAUGGUUCAAGAAUUUUUGUUUGCA